CUGCAACGAGCCGAGCUGGAAGCGGACGUGGCCACUUGCAAAAGGAACACACACACACACACACACACACACACCGCAGCAACGUUGAUAAUCGUGGGGGAAGCACGGGAUGGCUGCCGACGCGCCCCCCAUCCUUUCGCUCCAGCUGGUGGAAGAACCGAGACUGCUGAAGCUGAAAAACAUGUUCAUAUCUAAAUUUAAAACAACACCAAAAUUUUAUGUCCGAGCACCAGGCCGAGUCAACUUAAUAGGUGAACAUAUAGAUUACUGUGGAUAUAGUGUACUCCCAAUGGCCAUAGAUCAAGACAUACUUAUAGCAGCUGAACCUCUAAACAGUCCAAUCCUCCAUUUGGCUAACACAGAUCCCUCAUACUCGGAUUUCAAUACAGAUGCCAAUGACAUCCAAAUAAAGCAAACAAAACCUUUAUGGCACAACUAUUUCCUCUGUGGGUUCAAAGGAAUACAGGAUCGCUUCAAUCUGAGGAAGCCGAGCGGAAUUAACUGCCUCGUGGAAGGCACGAUUCCUCCAAGUUCCGGUUUAUCGAGCUCCAGUGCUUUGGUUUGUUGUGCGGCACUCGUGACUCUCGUGGCCAACGGCAAGACUCUUUCCAAGGUGGAACUGGCUAAUCUGUGCAGCAAGAGCGAACGUUACAUUGGCACCGAAGGAGGCGGCAUGGACCAGUCCAUCUGUUUCCUGGCAGAAAAAGGAACCGCAAAACUGAUAGAAUUUAAUCCCCUGAAGGCAACCGACGUGAAGCUUCCAGGAGGAGCAGUUUUUGUGAUUGCAAACAGUUGUGUUGAAAUGAACAAGGCCGCGACUUCUCAUUUCAAUAUUAGGGUGAUGGAGUGUCGUCUGGCUACGAAGCUUUUAGCGAAAUCCAGAGGCCUAGACUGGAGAGCGGUGGCAAAACUCCAAGAUGUGCAAACCAAGCUGAAGCUCAGCUUAGAGGAAAUGCUGGCUGUGGUCGAAGAGGCGUUUCACCCUGAGCCUUACAGCCUAGAGGAAAUUGGGGGAAACCUGGGAAUUAGCCCCACGGAGCUACGCACUCAGAUCCUUAGCCAGAACACACAGGGUGUGACUAACUUUAAGUUAUACCAGCGUGCUAAGCAUGUGUACGCGGAAGCUGCCAGAGUUUUGGAAUUCAAGGACAUCUGUGUGCGGGCACCUGAUGAUGCCAUCUCAUUGUUGGGAGAUUUAAUGAACCAGAGCCAUGCUAGUUGCCGAGACUUGUACGAAUGCAGCUGCCCUGAACUAGAUCAGCUGGUGGACAUCUGUCUGCAGUUUGGAGCAGUUGGAUCACGCCUGACUGGGGCAGGAUGGGGUGGCUGCACUGUGUCAAUGGUUCCUGUGGACAAACUGGAAAGAUUCCUAGCCAAUGUGAAGGAGGCUUAUUACAGAAAUUAUGGCCAAAGGUUAGCCUUGGAAGAAAACAGCCUCUUUGCUACCAAUCCUGGCACAGGAGCUGUAAUUGUCCUUGAAGCCUGAAGGACGCCACAUUUUCGGAGGACUUUUGUAUGCAACAGUAAACAAUUCAUUUUGCUGUUUUUUAUUACAUUAUAACAAACAAUAGCAAUAGCUAUUAUUAGGAUGGGUUUCCAAACUCCCCCCCCCCCCCCCCCAAAAGCGCUAUUAAUCUUUCUAAUGUAUUUUUCUUUCUUUCUUAAAAUAUGCUUCCAACAUAAUCAUCCAAAACGUUGGUUUCUGUCUGGACUUUACAAUAUAAAACAUGAUUUGCCAAAAUAUAUUGGUCAAAAAAUAUUGAAACGAACCAGAUUGGAAUUAAAGGGGAGGGGAAAAAGUCCAAUGACUCUGUCUCAUUCUUUAUUGAUUCAAAAGUCAGGAGCCUCCUUUCAUACCAAAAGUUUAGUAUGCUUCCUUUUGGUGGGAGGAAAAAUUCCGUCAACAUUCACAGCACGUAUCUUGAUGUCAGACCUAUUUGGUUCCUGAUUCUGAUCCACAAGAGCCAUGACGCUGUAUCUUGGCAUUGGCCUAUUCAAAAGAAACACCCGGAAGGACAUUUGGGUGGGAUUUUGCAUGUUGCGAUGCUGUAACCCCCUUCCCUUCCCCCCCCACCCUCACCCCCCCCCCCCCGAGUCAUACAAAGAUAAUUAGGGGCCUGGAAGCUUAAACAUAUGAAGAAUGGUUUCAAGGAAUUAGAUAUGUCUAGUUUAAAUGAA